AUGGCAGACGAUCCACCUCGACUUACUAAGUCAUUAAGACUGUUUAAUGAUGUAUUUCAAUCAGAUAUUGAUGAAGAGGCAUUGCUAGCUCAUAAAAAGAGAACUUUACCUCAAGACAAAAAGACGUGGUCUAACAUAUCAGAUGAAACAAGUCAAGAAAUUGCAGAAAAUAAUUCUGUAGCAGAAAUUGUAGAGUUUGGCAGUAAAAUUUUCUUCAAAUAUAAUUCUAACUUUCUUGAAAAGACUGAUGCUUUCACUUCAGCUCGUGAUUCUCUCUCUUCUGAUGAAGAAGAAGUCAAGUCAAAACAUGACAUUAUCAGUAAAACGCUUCUUACUGGAUUAACUGAAUCACAUGAUCGUCAAGUGACUAGUCAUGUGGCUAAACCAAAGAAAGAAAUAGAAUUAGAAGAGGCAGCAUGUCGUCCAGUAUUGACCUCCAAUGUUCGCUCAUCUAGUGAUUCCACUCAACAAUAUCCUAAUGUCUAUGACACUUUGGCUAAAGCUCAACUUUCAUCAGCUUUCAUUUCAGGAAAACAGGUAGGUUUGCCAGAAAAUGCCACAAGAAAGAACACAGACUAUUUUGAAGAGAUAUGUGUCCCUCACUCAAGCACAGCUCCACCUAAUGUUGCUGAUAAAGUACUUGUUAAAGAACUUGAUGAAAUUGUCAAAAUGGCAUUUCAAGGGAUUAAGUCAUUAAACACAAUUCAGUCAGCUGUAUUUGACACUGCCUUUUAUACCAAUGAAAACCUCUUAAUAUCUGCACCAACUGGAGCUGGUAAAACUAAUAUAGCAUUACUAACUAUUUUAAGAGAAAUCUCCAAUAAUAUUGAGGCUGGAGUCAUUAAAACGUCUGAGUUUAAGGUCAUAUAUGUUGCUCCUAUGAAAGCGUUAGCUGCUGAAAUGGUACGUAAUUUUAGUUAUAGAUUAGCUCCACUCGGUAUUACUGUAAGAGAAUUAACUGGAGAUAUACAAUUAACAAAGCAGGAAAUACACACUUCUCAGAUGAUAGUUACCACACCUGAAAAAUGGGAUGUUGUGACAAGAAAAGCAACUGGUGAUGUUGCUCUCUCUCAAUUAGUUCGUCUCUUAAUUAUUGAUGAAGUUCAUUUACUUCAUGAAGAUAGAGGGGCAGUUAUUGAGUGUCUUGUAGCUCGCACAUUACGCCAGGUGGAGUCUAGUCAAAAAUUAAUUCGUAUUGUUGGCUUGUCAGCUACUUUACCAAAUUAUGUUGAUGUUGCUCGUUUUCUACGUGUUAAUCCUUAUAAGGGACUCUUCUAUUUUGAUGGGAGAUUUCGUCCUGUCCCUUUAUCACAGACUUUUAUUGGAGUUAAAACUCCCAAUAUUCUACAUCAAUUACGUGAUAUGGAUCGAAUAUGUUAUAAUAAAGUAUUAAACAAUAUACGUAGUGGAUAUCAGGUAAUGGUUUUUGUACAUGCUCGUAAUGCUACUGUAAGAACUGCUAUUGCUCUGAAAGAAAUGGCAGCUUCUAAAGGAGAAGGAACUCAAAUCUAUGAUGCUAAAAAAGGCUCCUUUGUUGAUUUGGGUAUAUUAGAUGUCCUUCAAAUAUUUGGUCGUGCUGGUCGUCCUCAAUUUGAUACAUUUGGGGAGGGAACUAUCAUAACAGCACAUGACAAACUGUCACAUUAUAUAUCAUUGUUAACACGACAACAACCAAUAGAAAGUCAACUUUUAGGAAGUUUAGCAGAUUGCUUGAAUGCUGAGAUCUCAUUAGGGACUGUUUCUAAUAUUGAGGAGGCUACCCAAUGGCUGACAUAUACUUAUCUUCAUAUCAGAAUACAUCGAAAUUCAUUAGCUUAUGGUAUUAACUACCAUGACAAAGAAUUGGAUCCAACUCUUGAAAAUUAUCAAAGAGGGAUUAUUGUCAAUGCGGCCAAAAGUCUUGAUAAGGCAAGAAUGAUUCGUUAUGUUGAGAGAACUGGAUCUUUAAGCUCAACUGAUGUUGGUAGAAUAGCUUCUAACUUUUAUAUAAAGCAUGCUACCAUUGAGACUUUCAAUGGUUUAUUUAAAUCUCAAAUGACAGAGGGUGAUAUCGUUGCCAUGGUAGCACAAUCACAUGAAUUUGAGCAGAUUAAAGUACGUGACGAUGAGUUAUCCGAACUUGACUCGCAUCUUAAAGGAGACUGUUAUUUACCAGUAAAAGGAGGUGUUGAAAAUACUCAUGGCAAAGUCAAUAUUUUACUUCAAACAUAUAUUUCUCGAGGCAAUGUUGAAAGUUUCUCUCUUGUGUCAGAUUUAGCUUACACUUCACAAAAUUCAAGUCGUAUAAUGAGAGGAUUAUUUGAAAUAGCUCUUAAGAAAGGUGCUGCAAUAUCAUAUAAGUUACUGACAUUUAGUAAGAGUAUUGAUCUUCAACAAUGGAGCUUUGAACAUCCAUUGAAACAGUUCAAACAUCUCUCGUUUGAAAUUUUAGAGAAAUUAGAAAUGAGAAAGAUAACAUUGCAAAGUAUGAAGGAUAUGGAAGCAGAUGAUAUAGGUAUGAUGUCAUAUCACUUGACAAUCAUAUGAUCUUUAUAUACAGAGAAAGUCAAGAGGUUGGUAGAGGCAUUUCCUGCAUUGUCACUAGACGCAACUAUUCAACUAACACGCACUGUUCUCAGAGUACGUCUAACUGUGACACCUGAUUUCAAAUGGGACACCCGUAUCCAUGGCAACAGCUGUGAACCAUGGUGGGUGUGGGUUGAAGAUGCUGAAAAUGAACAUAUUUAUCACUCGGAAUAUUUCCUGUUACAACAAAAACAAGUACUUAAAAAAGAGUCACAAGAUUUGAUCUUCACUAUACCAAUUUUUGAGCCACUCCCACCUCAAUAUCUCAUUAGAAUGAUCUCAGAUCGUUGGCUUGAAGCUGAGGCAGUCAUUGCUAUCUCAUUUAAGCAUCUUAUCUUGCCAGAGCUCCACCCACCUCACACCAAACUCCUAGAUCUCCACCCUCUUCCUAUAUCAGCUCUAAAGAGACCACAAUACGAAGUCCUCUUCAAGUUCCCAUAUUUUAACCCCAUACAAACUCAAUUAUUUCAUACUCUUUAUCACACAGAUACCAAUGUUCUAUUGGGAGCUCCUACAGGUAGUGGUAAAACAAUAGCUGCUGAAUUGGCAAUGUUCCGUGUUUUUGAGCACUACCCUCGUGGGAAAUGUAUUUAUAUUGCUCCAUUAAAAGCAUUAGUUAGAGAAAGAAUUGAUGAUUGGACUGUGAGAUUUGAACGGAAAUUAGGACGACGUGUUAUUGAAUUAACUGGUGAUACAGCUCCUGAUAUACGUAGUAUAGAAAAAGCUGAUGUCAUAGUAACUACUCCUGAGAAAUGGGACGGUAUUAGUCGAAGUUGGCAAAAUAGAGCUUAUGUACAAGCAAUGAGGUUACUUGUUAUUGAUGAGAUUCAUUUAUUGGGUGACGAACGAGGACCUGUUCUCGAAGUGAUUGUCUCACGAACUAAUUUUAUCAGCUCACAUACAAACAAUGCUGUAAGAAUUAUAGGAUUGUCAACAGCACUGGCUAAUGCUGGUGAUUUAGGGGCGUGGCUUGGUAUAGGAUCUGGUGGACUGUUCAAUUUCCAUCCUGCUGUACGUCCUGUCCAAUUAGAAGUUCAUAUUAAUGGAUUCCCUGGUAAACAUUAUUGUCCUCGUAUGGCAACUAUGAAAAAACCAGCUUAUGCUGCUAUAAAGACACAUUCUCCUAAUAAACCUGUUUUGAUUUUUGUGUCAUCUCGUCGUCAAACUCGUUUAACAGCUUUUGACCUUGUGUCAUAUGUUGCAACGGAAUAUAAUUCUAAAGAGUGGCUUCAUAUGGAUGAAAAAGAAUUGGAUCCUCUCCUCACUCGUAUUCAAGAUACUAACCUCAGGUUCUCUCUAUCAUUUGGUAUUGGUCUCCAUCAUGCAGGACUUCAUGAGAAAGACAGAAAAAUCGUUGAAGAACUCUUUGUAAAUCAGAAAAUCCAAAUCCUCAUAGCAACGGCUACAUUAGCUUGGGGAGUUAAUUUCCCCGCCCACCUUGUUAUUGUUAAAGGAACAGAGUAUUAUGAUGGCAAAACUUGUCGCUAUGUUGAUUAUCCUAUCACCGAUGUCCUUCAAAUGAUGGGUCGUGCAGGAAGACCUCAGUAUGAUGACUUUGGGGUGGCUGUCAUAUUUGUACAAGAUAUUAAGAGAUUUUACAAGAAGUUUCUUUAUGAGCCUUUUCCUGUUGAAAGCAAUCUUUUAGCUGUGCUUUCUGAUCAUUUAAAUGCUGAGAUUGUUGCUGGAACAAUUACUUCUAAACAAGACGCAUUAGAUUAUGUGACAUGGACUUAUUUUUUUAGAAGAUUACUGAGAAACCCCAGUUAUUAUCAAUUAGAAGACGCCAGUGGAAAUCAUGUUAAUAAAUUUCUCACCAAUACAGUUGACCACGCCCUUCAAGAACUUAACGAGUCUUACUGUAUUAAUCUAGAAGAGGAUGAUCGUACUAUUAGACCUGAAGUAUUAGGAUGUAUUGCUUCAUAUUAUUAUUUACAUCAUAAAACAAUAAAAUUAUUUCAUGAGAAGCUUAAUCAAAACAGCAAAUUAGAGGAGAUAUUAGUAUUAGUCAGUGAGUCAUCUGAGUAUGAUGAAUUACCAGUACGUCAUAAUGAAGACAAGUUAAACAGUACCUUAGCAACUCAUCUCCGACUACCAGUAGAUCCUCAAAGUUAUAGCAACCCUCAUACUAAAACAUUCCUGUUAUUUCAAGCUCACUUUUCUCACGUCUCCUUACCAAUUGCUGAUUAUAUCACUGAUACUAAAUCAAUCUUAGAUCAAGCUCUUAGAAUACUUCAGGCUUUGGUUGAUAUAUCAGCCAAUGAGGGUUGGUUACAAUGUACUUUUCAUCUCAUCGUCAUAUUUAUGCUCCAAGAUUUCCUAAGACUAAAGAUGAAGGAUGGUGGUUAG